CUAGAAAAGAACAAGAUAUAUACAUCUUAAGUGCGAUACUGAAACAACACACAGAUCACAAUGCCAAGACCUCUUCUCACUUUGAUAUUGGCCAGUGCUCUAACUACUGUAACUGGAGAUUAUAAUAUUAGACUGGUAAAUGGUGACAACAAACUGUUCAGGAAGAGUUGAGAUCUUUUAUGAUGGCAUGUGGGGGACAGUGUGCGAUGAUGGCUGGGACAUUAAUGAUGCUACAGUGGUGUGCAGACAGUUGAGAUGUGGAAAAGCUGAUAGUGCACAUGAAAGUGCUCAUUUUGGCCAGGGAAGUGGUCAGAUCUGGUUGGAUGACGUGGGAUGUACAGGACAUGAAACAUCCCUCACACAGUGCUCACACUCUUCUGUUGGAACACAUAACUGCGGUCAUUCUGAAGAUGCAGGUGUUGUCUGUAUACAAGACACAAGGUUGGUCAAUGGGGUGGAUUCAUGCUGUGGGAGAGUGGAGAUCUAUCAUAAUGGCCAGUGGGGAACCGUGUGCGAUGAUAACUGGGACAUGACAAAUGCUGCUGUGGUGUGCAGACAGUUAGAGUGUGGAUCAGCCAUCAGUGCACUUCAUAAUGCCGCCUUUGGUCAAGGCAGUGGAUCAGUCUGGCUUGAUGAUGUCAAAUGCUUGGGAAGUGAGGGAAGCCUCACACAGUGUUCACACAGUGAACUAGGAACACAUGACUGUAAUCAUGGUGAAGAUGCUGGUGUUGUUUGUUCAGGUGAACUGCAGAUACCCACACUUUCCCUGACCUCCACAUAUUUAUUUGUUUCUCGAGGAGAAAAUAUCCAGUUCAGAUGCACAACACCUAAUCCAAGGUGCAGUGUUAAUGCUGAAUUCCAGCUCUUCAUAAACGGGCCAUCUAUAUCCUCCCAGAAACAUGUCUCUAGUGUGACUUUCAACAUUGUUAAUGUGGACGUCUCACAUCAGGGCAACUACAGCUGUCAUUACUCAUACCAAAACAACACUAUCAAGUCACCUUGGAGCAACAGUGUUAACAUCACUGUGGUGGAUUUGCAGCAGCCCAGCAUUUCCCACAGUGCUCCUGAUGGGUGGGUUUGACGUGGGGCCUCAGGGGCCAGUGAUCACCAGGGGCCACAGUUUCACUAUUAUCUGUUCCACUGAAUCUCGUUAUCCUGGAGGCUUCUUCUACUUGUUUAGGGAAUCAAGUAUCACCAGCAGUCAAUCAGCUGUCAAUCACUCCGCCUCCUUCUUCUUUCCUGAGGCAGAUUAUUUGCAUGAGGGAAACUACAGUUGUGUUUAUGAAGUCAGUGUGUCGUCACGUACCUUCCGUUCAUCUGCCUCUCAAAUGCUGGUCAUCAGUUUCACAGGUAUUGAUGUAAAAUGCUUAAAAUCAAACUGGACUGCUGGUAAUGAAAGUUUAACUCAAACAUGCCUGUGUCAUUAUUGCUGUGGUUUCAGCUAUACUGCUUU